AUGGACUCCUCGUGUGUCCAACAAGAUAUUCACUUGGAGAACAGAAGCAGUAAUGGGGCUCCUGGCUGCUCUGAAGAACUUCUGGAUUGUGAAGCCAAGUCACAGCCCGUUAAUACAGAUGAAAUUAACACUACCAGUAAUAACAUCAAGGAAGUGCGAAAUGAAGAGGGAAGCCUGGAGAUAAACAGCAAAGUUGAAGCCUGCCAGAAUGGGCCAGAGUCACUCUUCCCCGACUCUCCUGUAUCUUUUGACCCCACCAGCAGUGAGCAGGGUGAAGAGUCAUCCCCAGGCUCAGUAGAGUCUUCACUCCCACUGGAAAAAGAAGAGCAAAUCAGACUUCAGGCAAGAAGACGUCUAGAGGAACAGCUCAAACAAUACAGAGUGAAGAGACAUCAAGAAAGAUCGAGUCAGUCUACAUCCAAAACCCGUCCCUCCAGCACCCUAGAUCCUGAGCUGAUGUUAAAUCCAGAAAUCUUGCCAAGGGCUAGCACUGUAGCCAUGACAAAAGAAUACUCCUUUUUGCGGACCAGUGUCCCCAGGGGGCCAAAACUGGGUAGUUUGGGACUCCCAGCAUCCUCAAAGGAGAGAAGAAGUUCAAAAUCUAAGCCCAGUAAGAUCCGGUCCUUGGCUGACUACAGAACUGAAGAUUCAGACACUAGAAACACUACUGGGAAUGUUGUGGCUGCUGAUUUAUCUGGUGGGACUGUGACCCAAAGCAGAAGUGGUCCAACAUCGGUUGUUUCGGAGAUUAGUCUACCCUCUGACACGGAUGAUCGACUAGAGAAUUCCUCCUUGGCAGGAGACAGCAUUUCAGAGAUUGAUGGGAGUGAAGUGGGAAUGAGGCUGGAUGGAAAUGAGAGUGACAGCUCUACCUACAGCAGUGUGUCAGGAAAAGGUCUGUAUAACAGUUUACAGAACACAGAAGGCAAACAGGAUAUUCCAUAUACAAUAAAUGGCCAGAAGAUACAUCCUGAAGCAAUGGGGCAAUUUCCUUCCAUCAGUGAGGUGCUGCAGGCUGCGGCAGUGGAGCAUCAAGCCCAAGGGCAAGAAGCUAAUGGGGAAGUACGGAGUAGGAGAGACAGUAUUUCUAGCAGUGUUUCUAUGGAAAGCUCUAUCGCAGGAACUCAUGAUGAAAUGUUGCAGGUUUUGAAGGAGAAGAUGAGACUUGAAGGCCAACUAGAAGCACUUUCACUAGAAGCUAAUCAGGCUCUCAAAGAGAAGACUGAGCUACAAGCCCAACUUGCAGCUUUGAACAUGAAGCUUCAGGCACAGAUGGAACACAGCCAAAGCAGCCAGCAGAAGCAGGAAUCUCUGAGCUCAGAAGUGGCCACAUUAAAGCAGUCUUGCUGGGAUCUGGAACGAGCAAUGGCUGACCUGCAAAAUACCUUGGAAGCAAAGAAUGCUAGUUUGGCUUCUUCAAAUAAUGAUUUGCAGUUAGCAGAGGAGCAAUACCAAAGACUCUUGCGGAAGGUUGAAGAUAUGCAAAAAAAUGUUCUCACCAGAGACAGCACAGUUCAUGAUCUGCGACAGCAGUUGGCUUCCUUGCAGAACCAGCUCCAGAAGGUGCAGUUGGAGAGGACCACACUGACCAAUAAGCUAAAGGCAUCUGAAACAGAGAUCACAUCUCUCCAAAAUGUGCGGCAGUGGUACCAGCAGCAGCUCGUGCUGGCGCAGGAGGCUCGGGUCAGGCUGCAGAGUGAGAUGGCCAACAUACAGGCUGGGCAAAUGACUCAAGCAGGUAUGCUGGAACAUCUCAAACUAGAGAAUGUGGCACUGUCUCAGCAGCUGACUGAAACCCAGCACAGAUCCAUCAAGGAAAAGGAGCGUAUUGCAGCACAGCUACAGAAUAUUGAGGCUGACAUGUUAGAUCAAGAAGCUGCCUUCAUGCAGAUCCAGGAAGCUAAAACCAUGGUGGAAGAAGACUUGCAGAGAAAACUAGAGGAGUUUGAGGAUGAGAAAGAGCAGCUUCAGAAAAUGGCUGAUUCUGCUGUAACAUUGGAGCAAGAAUUGGAACAG